ACUAAGUGUUCUCCCAAGGGUAUCUGGUUAAAGUGAAUGGCUAUUCUUUUAUACUCUGGCCUUCAGUACGAUACCUGCACUACAUUUGCAAGAUCUUGCUUUCUUUCAACACUCGCUGUAAGCCUGGUUCCCAUGCCGUCCGCCAUCAAUGCAGCAGUGGCUCCGCAGACCGCUGCUGGGUCAGUUCCCAGCGCUACUAUUAGCACUACUACAACUGAAGGUGCAGGUGGGGGCACAGGAGGGAUUUAUUCUGCCAUUAUAAGUCGCAACCAGCCCAUUAUCAGAGUAAAGGAGAAGACCUAUGAAGAGCUUCACAAGAAGUGCCUGGAGAAAAACAUUCUCUAUGAAGAUCCUGAUUUCCCACCAAAUGAGUCCUCCCUCUUCUAUAGCCAGAAAGUCCCCAUCAAGUUCGAAUGGAAAAGACCACGUGAAAUCUGUGAGAAUCCACGGUUUAUUAUCGGUGGAGCCAACAGAACAGAUAUCUGCCAAGGAGAAUUAGGUGACUGCUGGUUCCUGGCUGCCAUUGCUUGCCUGACGCUGAAUAAAAAACUACUCUGUAAAGUCAUACCUCAUGACCAGUCCUUCAUACAAAACUAUGCUGGCAUCUUUCACUUCCAGUUCUGGCGCUAUGGAGACUGGGUGGAUGUUGUCAUCGAUGACUGCUUACCCACGUACAACAACCAGCUGGUCUUUACCAAGUCCUCCCAGCGCAACGAGUUCUGGAGCGCCCUCCUGGAAAAGGCCUAUGCAAAACUACAUGGGUCAUACGAAGCUUUGAAAGGAGGCAACACCACUGAAGCCAUGGAGGACUUCACCGGAGGAGUCACAGAGUUCUACGAGAUAAAGGACGCACCUAAAGAUAUCUAUAAAAUCAUGAAACAUGCCAUUGACAGAGGAUCCCUCAUGGCUAGCUCCAUUGAUGAUCACCUAGGCUUUUCGUAUGGAUCAGCUCCUCGGAGCGACAUUGGGGAACUGAUUGCUCGAAUGGUGAAGAAUCUGGAAAACUCACAGAUGAGUUACCCCACUGUAGACUACCAGGCGACAGAUGACAGGCCAGCCUGGACCAUAGUGCCAAUGCAGUAUGAAACCCGGAUGUCUUGUGGGCUCGUCAAAGGUCAUGCCUACUCAGUCACGGCCGUGGAAGAGACAACAUUUAAAGGGGAAAAAAUACGUCUGGUAAGGCUGAGAAACCCCUGGGGACAGGUGGAAUGGAAUGGACCUUGGAGUGACAAGUCAGAGGAAUGGACCUUUAUUAACGAAGAAGAGAAAAUCCGCCUGCAGCACCAGAUUGUGGAGGAUGGGGAGUUCUGGAUAUCAUUUGAAGAUUUCAUGAGGCACUUCACAAAACUUGAGAUCUGUAACCUCACACCUGAUACUCUAGAAGCUGAUAAACUCCAGACCUGGACUGUGUCAGUCAAUGAAGGGCGCUGGGUGAGAGGCUGCUCAGCUGGAGGCUGCCGCAAUUAUCCAGAUACAUUUUGGACCAAUCCCCAGUAUCGCUUGAAGCUCCUGGAGGAAGAUGAUGAUCCUGAGGAUGAACAGGUUAUCUGCAGCUUCCUUGUCGCACUGAUGCAGAAAAAUAGGAGGAAAGAACGCAAGCUGGGAGCCAACCUGUACACCAUUGGCUUUGCCAUCUAUGAGGUGCCCAAAGAGAUGCAUGGUAAUAAGCACCACUUGCAAAAGGAUUUUUUCCUCUACAAUGCCUCCAAAGCUAGAAGUAAGACCUAUAUAAACAUGCGAGAAAUCUCUGAGCGCUUCCGGUUACCUCCCAGCGAGUAUGUCAUCAUCCCAUCAACAUACGAACCCCACCAGGAGGGAGAAUUCAUCCUGAGGGUCUUCUCAGAGAAAAGAAGUCUUUCAGAAGAGGUUGAAAACAUGAUUGAGGCAGACCGUCCAUCGAUAAAGAAAAAGGGCAAGCCUAUCAUCUUUGUUUCUGACAGAGCCAACAGCAAUAAGGAGCUGAAUGCAGAUGAAGAUGCUGGCAAAGAUGGUGAAAAAACCCACGUAGAUGAGAAAAAGCGUCCUUCAACAAAAACUCGUGAGGGGAGUGAAGAGGAAAACCAGUUCAGGAAUAUUUUCCGACAGAUUGCAGGGGAUGACAUGGAGAUCAAUGCUGAAGAACUCAGGAAUGUUCUCAAUAAUGUUGUAAAAAAACAUAAGGACCUAAGGACAGAAGGAUUUGAACUGGAAUCCUGCCGCAGCAUGAUUGCUUUAAUGGAUACAGACGGCUCAGGGAGAAUAAACUUUGAUGAGUUUCGACAUCUCUGGGACAAGAUUAAAAGCUGGCAGAAAAUAUUCAAGCGUUAUGACACGGAUCACUCAGGAACCAUUAACAGCUACGAGAUGCGCAAUGCAGUCAAUGACGCAGGGUUUCGGCUGAACAACCAGCUCUACGACAUCAUCACCAUGCGCUACGCCGACAAGAACAUGAACAUCGACUUCGACAGCUUCAUCUGCUGCUUCGUGCGCCUGGAUGCCAUGUUCAGGGCAUUCCACGCCUUUGAUAAAGAUGGAGAUGGCAUCAUUAAGCUCAACGUGCUGGAGUGGCUGCAGCUCACGAUGUAUGCGUAACAGUGGAGCCAGGGGCCACCUUCAUCAAGAUCACACUCAAGACUUCUGUUUUGAGUAACUAGCUCCAUUCAUCCCCAAGUAUGAACAAGAGCAUUUCCUUAUCAUGUGCUUCGCAAGAUAAAGAGCGCAUGGAAAGAAGCCCUGGAAAAAAGGGACAAGCAUACUGCAGUAGGCAGACCAGUGCACGUAUUCUGUAACCACUUUUAUAACUUCCUGACAUUUUCCUUUGGGCAAUGAGGAUUAGUUUACUGAUGACUGAACCAAGGUUUUUCUGCAUAGUAAAGUCAUGGAGCAUGCAUCGUUACUCUGCUUAUGCUGACAACUGGAAAAGUCUUCCCUCAAAUCAGGCAAAAUUGGGACUGUAGCUGAAUUGUGAAAGUCAGAGGUGUUUACUGCCACCUUGUAAUUAGUCAUUAACUCUUUGUCCUGCUUUUGAUACUAUCAUGUCAGCAUCGUCAUAAUGGUGACUGAACACUUCACAUGUGAUUGUGCUAGAUUACAUUAUUAUGAAUCCCAAGCACUUAUGUUGGUUGUUAGAGAUGUGGCUGCACUGGUUGGUUCUCUGCUGUGCUAGAAACAUGGAAGGGACUGCAGUACCCGCGUACAGCUUGGUCUAGUGCCUUCGUAAAAGUAUCAGAAUUGAGCCAUUUACUCUCAUUUUUAGUACCUCAUAGUAAAGACUUUAAAUAGUUUUUAUUGUAACCGCAGUCUCUGUAACAUUGACAAAGUUGUUCCACCUUCAAGACAAACUUGUAUAGAUGCAAAUUUAUGUAUCUACGCAAACACACCUCCUCCCUCUGCCCUUAAAGUCCUAUUGCCCAACAGCAUUAUGUAUUUCUUUAUUGUAAGAGGAAUCAGACACUACGGGAAGAUUAUUAGAAUAUCUAAGUACAGUCCAUUUAAUUGAACCAAAAAUAAAAUCAACCGGAUUUUGGCCUAAUCUUCAGGGUUGGUUUUUUUUGGUUUUGGUUUGAAAGAAAAGAGGAGGGUAAAACACUGAGCACUUUUCCAUCAUUCUCCUGAAUAUACACCAGCUUUUGGAGUUUUAUGUCAAACGUGAAAUCAGCUUAGUAUCUCAAACACGUGCCAGUUUGCUCCUUGAAAGCUUAAAAAAACACUAUAAUUGAGAGGCUCCCUAGUUACCAGCUUUAAGGAUGACAGGCUUUCAGAACUGGCCAAUCGUUGAUCAAUGUAAAAAUGGAAGGAAAAAUGAAAUGGGCAAGAAAAGGUGUGAAAAGACCAGACUCUGGCAGGAGAACCUUCUGCUUAGUUCUCUAGUGUGGAAAAGGAACAAUGCAAUCCACUAUUGUAAAGCAAAAUUGUAAAAACAAAUUGUAGCAUCCAUUUGAAGUUGUUCUGGUAAGCAGCACAUUUAACUGAAAGGUCACUAAGAAAACAUUUUGACUAAAAAGUUCUUAAUGUUGUCCUGCACUGUAACUUACUCCAAAAGAGUGAGAAAAUCUAAAGAAGAGUUAUUUUCCUUUAAGUUCAACUUUUGUUUUAAUCCAAAUCACAUUUCUAAGAUGACUGGAACACUGAGAACCCUGGGUUCCAGCCCUGUUAUCUUCACUAACCUAUUCCAUACAAAAAAGAAAAUGGCAGAGAGGUGCUUAGCUGGGAUCUUCAGAGAAUAAACAAAAUCUAUCAGUCAAAAGAUCAGAAUCAAGAUUUUUUUAUUGUCAACUCAAAACUGGUCCUUAAAGUUGUGACAUGUGAACUACCAGCAGCUCUAGAGAACUUCCCUUCGCAAGGAUCAUGAAGCAAAACUUGCAACACUGCUGCCAGUGCUGGAGCUUCCAAGUGGCCUGUCUGAAUUCAUCCAGCCCUCUUAAAAAAGGAAAAAAGUCCAGAACAAAGUAAACCUCUACUGAAUGCUGUUGAAGAAUCAUUCUAUUCAAAACAAGGAAGAAUGAGACUGACAAACCGUAACAAUAUAAAGAACUUUUAUUUUUUUAAUUUUUAUUUUUUAUUUUUUAUCUUCUUUUUUUCUUCUUUUGCUGUGUAAAAUUUCAUUAUUAUGCUCACAGCUUUGUACCAAAGCGAGAGAAGAAACCCAUGGUCAAUCUGUGCACAUGUUCUACACAGCUUAAAUUAUUACAUACACAAUCAUGUUGCUUUAUUCCACUUCCAUUCUUCAAAAAGACCGUUCAACAGUUACAGCAAAAUGAAAUUUGAGAAGCUGCCAGGUGUUUAUAACAGAAUAUAUACCUACACCGUUUGCUCUUUCACAAUUAAAUAUUUUACAAACAGUAGCUGAAACCUUUUCCUUAUCCUCCCUCACAUAUUCUGCAACUCUGGACAACUUAGACUGUUUGAAUGAUUGUACCCUACAAGCCUGAAAACCAAAAUUCAUCUGUACCUGUGUUUUAACUCAAAAGAAGGGGAAAAUAUUUUCUCAACAACACAUUUUGUUUCUGGGAACCUGCAGUUUACUGUGAGUUUUCAGUUAUCGUUUACCUAUGUUAUACAGUUUGAAAUGUGCACUAAGAACUGCACUACUUCAAACACACUGCACAGCCAAACCCUUGCUAUUUUGCAGAAGGCAGCUCAUGUGCCAAUAUGUUUAAAGUCUGCAAUCCACAUGUAAGUGACACAAGGCAAGCAGAAGCUGAGAUAUUUAAUGCAUCUUUGUACCAACAGAUGCAGCAGUUUUCCCUGUGUCCCCUUCCACAUACAGAGGCAGCAGCAAUAAAUAGGCCAUAGAGUGUUUUGCACUGCCAAUUAGCUGUUAUUUUUCCCUAUCAUUUGAAGGAGAAAGGAGAAACAAAUAUUGACCAAUCCCAUCAUUAUCUUAUUCAAUACAUGCGAGUCUGUUGGGCUGGGGAAGGUUAAGCUUUGCAGAACAUGUGAACUUCCAGUGAUCAUUUUAUGCUACUCACACCCUCCUUUUGGAGCUCAGGCAGGGCUUGGUAUGCUAUGGCACAAGUUCCCAGGCUUUUGGAGAAUGAUGUAACUGGUUUCAGUAGUGCCUGGCCCAUUCUUUGCAUCAUAAAAUCAUGCAAUGCCUCUGAGCACUUUCUGUCCGCCAGGGAGGCUCAUAUCUUAAUAGACACAAUAUCAAUCCUGCUAAGAGGAAUAUGGUGCCUUGCCCCCCAAAAGGGCCUGCCAUAUGGAGUCAGCCAUAUAGCGAGUCCAGAGCUCCUUAUUUAAUAUUUGACUAAUAAGAUAAACACAGCUAACCACAAAAUAAACCUUCACUCUACUCACUCUUCCACCCACAACUUUUUACUUGCAUAAAAAACAAACUGAAAACAAAAAUAGUCCUGAAACAGGCUUCAGAGGUGCAGUACUGCUUUUCAUGCAGAACUCUUCAACCAGAGGUAUAUCAGCAGUCAAAACCCUAAGCUCCAAGAGUGGAGAGGAUGCCACUAAUGGCUACCAAGCCGAUACAUUAGUUUGGCAUCUCUCUUCUACAACUGCCUCCAGAAGAAGCAAAUUGUCAAUAGCAAAAGCUGAACCAAAUUCCAGCUGAACAAAUAGGAAACCUGCCCACAGAACUCCAGAGAAGCUUGGGGAUUUCCACAGCUGUACAACAACUUCAUAGCAAAUGAUAUCCCCAGAAGAAAGCAGCACAGCAUUUUCCUCUAACCCCCUGAGCCAUUUUAAAGAUUGUUCUUAAUUCAUAAAGCAAAAUUCUACAAACACUCAUGCAGCUCUGCUAUUCCUGCCUCUUAUCCACUUUAAGAUUCUUACAAUAUAUCUGAAAUGACCUACGAAGCAGCAAAAAGCGUCACUGCUAAAGCUGGAUUUCGUAAGCCCAGACUUUUCAGAAGGACUGUUUUCAAGGCCAGAUAAAGAAGUAUCGUAGACUACAAGAAAAGGAAGUCUGCUUCCACCAACUAGAAAAGAUAAACUCAACAAGCAAUCAGGAAUGCAAAUACAGUGUAAUAACUGUUCACUGCAACAUCUAGUGAGAAAGAUCUUCAUACACUCCUGAAAACAGCUGAAAGAAUGUGAAGAGUCACAAGGAAGAAGUAACAAAAUCUACUCUCACACACUAUUUUUCAGAAUGCUUGUCCUCAGGACACACACCUUCACUUCAAGCACAGUCCAUGAAGGACAGCUUCAGACGUUCAAAUUGUUUAUGCCACGCUUUUACAUGCUCCCUUAUUGAGGUUCAAAAAAACCCCCACAACUACUCUUGAAUAUCAAUAAUUUUGGAAAUGGUUUAAGUAUCAUGCAGUCUUCUGCUCUUAGGUCAUGAAAAAAAACCGCAAAUACCCUCAAGACUUUAGAGCAAUACAGCCUGCAUCAGAAAACAUUGACACUGCUCAGAUUUCCCUGAAUCUGAUUCUCUCUUGAACCACUUCAUCCACAGACUACAGAAAGAAAAAAAAAUUAAAAAUAAAUCAAAAGCACAAACACACACCCCAAAAACCAAAAUAAAACCACCCUCAAAACAGCCCGGGGGCUGAGCCACAUAUCAGGGAUUUUGCCUGUCCACAAACAGCUUAAUAAAAAUCCCAAACAAAUCACCACAGAAGCAUUGGAACCUCAGAGACUCCUAUGUCUUUGAAAUAGGAUGCUACUGCCCCUCAUUCCUAUUUUAUUCUUGUCUCUCACUAAAAAAAAAUCAUCAAUGUCAAGCAACUAAAGAGAAAUGAUACUUGUCCACUACAACAACAAAAAAUAGUUUGCUUCAGAGAAGGCCCUGAAGUUCCUUGAUUUGAUGGUAGUGGAACAUGCAUGGGCUUUCCUCAAUCAGUUUCUUGGCCUAAAAAGGCUUCUCUGUAGGCAAAGAAUGAGGCUAUAAAACUUACGUGGCCUGUUUUGGCAUACCAAGCGUUGAAGUAGUGGUCAAAGAGUUGCCUAGUAAAAACAGUAGGCUCAAUUUGUUUGAAAAGCAUCAUUUGUGAGCAGCUCAGUUUUGACACUGGGCUGUCUUUACCUUCUGUUACAGUUUAAGGCAACCUUGCUUUUUUUUUUUCUUUUUAUCCUGAGCAGUAAGUUAGGCAAAAGUGAACACAAAGCUCCUUGCUAGAUUAGCCUCAUUGUUUAAAAGAGCUCUUUGCUAAAUUAGUGUCAUUAUGGGAGAGAGGGUCACAAAUGCAAGAAGUACAUUUCACAGAAUUAACUGGGUGAAGUUUUCCAUCCCAAGGGAUGCCCGCAGAAGAAUCCUUACAAGUAGAAAGAGUCUUCACCUCUGCACUGGCUUCUCUGCAUUAGUAGAAACAAGACUUUA